AUGUUGAUAAUACAAAUCAUCUUAUAUUUUACAUUGAUUUUCAAUUUAUUAUCAUGUUUACCAAUUGACACUGAAUCAACUAUGACACAUAACGAUGAUUUUAAUACUACAUUUUCUUCAAUAAAAUCAAUCGAAAAUCUUACAUCUGAUGAAAUAAAACCAGAACUCGGCGUAUUUGAAUAUCUCAAUUACACAACGUUUUAUUACUUAACCUUUUCACCAACUGGUCAAUAUUUAUUUUUUGUAAAACAACAUCCUUUAUGGUAUAAAUAUACUUAUGAGCAUAGUUUGUGGUUAUACAAUACUGAAACAGAAAAAGAAACAUUAAUUACAAAAGAUCUUUAUUCAUAUAUAAAACCACAAUGGUCACCUAGUGGUAAUUACAUUGCUUUAUUCUUAACGAAACAACCAGUAACAAAUAUUACAAAUGAUCACGAAAUUUGGUUGGAACCAUUUGACUUUUUCAAAUCUUAUAUCUUUUUAUAUUCAGUCGAUUCAAAGGAAUUUUUAUCAAUUGGUAUUAAAUAUCAAAUACCAAAAGUGUUUGCAUGGUCUCGUGAUGAUUCAUCUAUUUACUUCGUUAAUGAUGAAAGUAAUAAAUAUGCAUAUAAUUCUAAUACAAUCUAUCGUAUUGAUUUCAAUCGAAAGAAUUCUACAAUAUCUACGGAAAUACAUUCAUUGAAAAAUAUUUCAUUUUCAAUUUCUGAAUUCUUAUUUUUUCCAUCGGAAAACAAACUAGUUUUUACAAGCACAUCAACUGCUAUCAAAAAUUUCGAUGAUUCUGAAAUUUAUUCAAUUGAUCUACAGAAUUUAAGAUCAGUAACAAGACUAACCAAUAAUAAAAUAGAAGAAAAUCAACUGCAGUUGUCAAGUGAUGGUAAAAAUGUCUUGUUUUCAGUAGGAGUUGUACUUCAUUCAGCACCUAGCAAUUCAGCUCAAGGAUUUUACAUGUUAAAUUUAACAAAUGAACAAACAACGCAUUUCAAAAAUUAUUUUAUGGGUAACAUUAUGGGAUAUGCUCCAAAAGCUGAGGGUGGUGUAUAUAUACUUGGACAAUGGAAAACAAAUGUUGGAAUCUACUCACAAAAAUCAUCAGAUGAAGGUUGGAUCUAUCAUCCUGGAUUUGUAGGAACUUAUGCUUCUAUUGUAUCAUCUUCGAAUCCAAAUUGUUCGAUUGCUUUUGUUUAUUCAGAAUCGCAAUUGCCCAUGGAAAUUUAUUGUGCUAAUAAUAUUAAUGAUUUAUCAUCAGCGAAACAAAUUACAAAUGAAAAUGAACUGUUUACUCAAAGAAAUUUACCACAAAUCGAAGUAUAUAAUUGGACAAAUCCAGAUGAUCAUAGAAUCAUUGAAGGAAUAUUACAUUAUCCACCAGGAAAAUUUCACUGGACAAAUUUACCUCUUCUUGUUCUCAUUCAUGGUGGUCCUAACCUUGCAAGUUUAAAUCAAUUGUAUGGAAAUCCGUACAAUUGGGCUCCAUUAGCAGCUUCUAAUGGUUGGUUAGUAUUAGAACCUAAUUAUCGUGGUUCAACAGGAUAUGGUGAUGAAUUUAUAGCGGAACUUCGUGGAAAACCUUUAUCUUUAGCAGGAAAAGAUAUUCUUUCAGGAGUUGAUCAAUUAAUUAAAGAUGGCAUUGCUGAUCCAUCUAAACUUACUGUUGGUGGUUGUAGUUUUGGUGGUUCUCUGACUAAUUGGUUGAUUACACAAACCGAACGCUUCAAUGCUGCUCUAUCUUGUUCAAGUUCAUUUGAACAUGUUUCUGCUUGGGGUACAGUGGAUGCUCCUGAUUUUUACAAGUAUUGGUUUAAUGGAUUGCCAUGGGAGAUACCCCGUGUAUACCAAAAUGAAGCACCUAUUUAUCAGAUGGAUAAAGUUCGUACACCUACAUAUAUUUGUACCGGUGGAACGGAUGAACGAGUUCCUGCUAGUCAAAGUUAUAUUUUAAAGCGUGCACUCGAUAGUCGUGAAAUUCCUGCAAAAUUACAAAUUUUUUCGAAUGAAGGGCACCAAUUUUCCAGUCCAAUGUCUGGAUUCACAAAAAUUACUGAAGAACUAUUGUGGUUAAAGAAAUAUGGUAAAGGUGAUAACUGA